CUUCUUCUUUUUUCGAAGAAGAAAGAAAAAAACCUACAACGAUUUCUCCCGACCGAGAACAAAAAGGAAUUAUCACGGAUUUUGUCGGUGGAAAGUGUUGUGUCCUGCGCCGAACCAUCAACCCUGUCGAUCCGGUUAACGACCUGCCGCCCCAUGGUGUACGGAUCACCGAAUGGAACGCCCGAACGGUGGUGGUGACGGGUUUAUCGUUCCAGCCGCGACCAAAUCCGUUUAGUGAAAGCGCACCGCAACACCCGCAUCAUUAUCACCAUCACCAUCGCCAGCCACACGAUGGAGGCAGAAAACUCCAACAAGUAUCAGAAACUUGCCACGGAAUACUCCAAACUGCGAGCACAGGCAAGUGUUUUGAAGCGGGCCGUGCUCGAGGAACAGAACAAGAAUGCGUCCCUUCGUGAAUCUCUGCGCACGCGGGAAGCUACACUGCGAAAGUCAGAGCAGGAGGUGGACAGUUUGGGCUUCCGAAACAAACAGCUAGAGCGGCGUGUGGCCGCACUACAGGAGAACCUGGAGCAGGAACUCAAAAAGGGAAGUGGUGGCAAGGCGGCGAAAACGAAAUCGCCCAGCAACGAGAGCAUCACCGGAUCGGGAUCCGAUGGAGGCGUGAUUGCUGAGGAGCUGCAGAAGAAGAUUCUCGAGAACGCACAGCUCGCGAACAGUGUAGAGGAUAGAGUGGCCGAGGUGAAACAAUUGCAAAAUCGCAUUGAAGGCCUCAACCGAGAGCUACAGCAACAGGCGGUUGUGGAACAGAAGCUACGGAAAGAGCUCGAACUACUAACCGUUCGCAAUUCCGAACUAGAAUCGAAAGCAUCCGAAGCUGCCAGUACGAUCGGAAGCGAGGAUGGGCUGAGCGUGACGACGGAUAUGGAAAACCACUAUAACCAUUUCACGGCCAGUUCGAACAGUGCGCAGCAGACACACAACAAUGGAAACGGUGGUACGAACAAUACCACCUCCGUGGUCAGUCAUGACGAUCGGAUAGUGUUUCUCGAAAAGGAACUCACUCACUGGCGAGCGCAGUACGAGCUGCUGAAGAUUGAAACUUCUAGUCAAAUGCGAAAGGCUGCUCCGGCAAAGACGGAACAGAAGGAGGACCCCUUCUCCUCAAGCACCACUGACAGAAGCAACAGAUCCGUGGAUGAUAAUCAGCAGCAGAGUGAAGAGCUGACGCGAGAACAGAAGCUGACGCACUGUUUUACGAAGAGUAUAGAGGAAUUGUUUCAUGACAAAUGCCGGGCAGAAUCGAAACUGGCUUCGCAUUUCAUCGAAUGUCAAAGACUGCAGACUCAUUUGGAAGUUGUCAAAAAUAGGCUUAAGGAGCAGGAAGAGGCCAGCCGGGAGCAGGAGCGCCGUUACCGCAUCAUCGAAGAUGAACUAUCUCGCACUCGUCUCAACUACGAGGAGCAGAUUAGCGUUCUGACGGAGCAAGUGAUAAGCUUAAGUGAUCAGCUAGCAAAGGCCAAGUAAUCUACGCGUACGGGGAACGACGAGUUCCCCGGGCAUUCGUUCUUUAGAACGCCAGCAAUGCGAAUGUUCCACUCGAGUCAUCUGUAGCCACAUUUGGCAGUGAGCAGCGAGAGGCACUCAUAAGAUGUGAAUAUCAUUACCCUCUAUCCCAUUCGGUGCUUCAAGGUAAGCGUCGCGUUUCCUCCGGAUGUUGCAAUCCGAAGAGUUGUGUGCGAGGCGAUCCGGAUCGCGAAAAAGUAAUAAAACAUUUAUUGAAUGUG